ACAGGCGACACCAUGCUCCUGCAACCAGCCGAAGACCGACGUGUUUGACCAACAAGUAGCCGGUCCGGUCUCCUGUCGUCAUGGGAACAACAACGAGCGAGCCGUGCAUCUACGACAAACUGUCGGAGAGCAUCGACAUCCUUCGCCAGUCAGGCUACCGCUACGGCAUGUCUGAGAGGGAGAUCGAGAGGUUCAUCAAGCAGGUCCUGGAAACCAACGAGCCCAGGAGGGAGCCCCCACAGUUCCCCAUCCUGAGAGCCACCAUCAAGUUUGUGGUAGCCGUGGGAUUCCUGCUGGUGGUGGUGCUGGCCUUCACCUACCCUCAAAAUGCCCCCCAGCUGGGACUGGUCAACCUGGGCUCUUACAACUGGUCGUCCCCUCUCAGCCACGUCCGUCUGCUCUCGCUGCCCAUCGCCAAGAAGUACAACCUGCAGGGUUUCCAUGAGUGGUGGAGCGCCGGCUCUCUCAGGCAGAGUUUGGUGAACUGUUCAGGCUGUGCAGAAAUCUCCUCAGUUCUGGAGGUCCCAGAAAGCCUCAGAGGGACCGUGACUCUGCGCCGGGGGCCACAGCUCGUCCUGCUCAAGGGCGGCGAGUCCCUCAGCAUCCAGCGGCAGCAGCUGGAGGAGCUCUACCUGGCUCACUCCGGUUCCAUGUCCAUCCUACUGGAGGACGACGACGGACUGCACAGUAACAACCAGGGCCUGCCUCAGGGACCCGCCAACUUCACCCUGCUCUGGAGGUUCAGCUCUGGGACCAGGGAGAAAGUGUUAAGGUGGCUCUUCCCGAAGGCUGAACUCUGCCCCCUGCUGGACAGUGCUGGGACCAUCCUGCAGCGCUGCCUCGUCACUCACAGCACAAACUCCCAGAGCAAGGGUGUCGGGGUCCUGGGCUGGUUGGUGGUGGGCGAGGGGCUACCAACGGUUCGAGUGCUGCCGGUUCAACGCUGCCAGAAACACUGCAGCUCCUUCAACCUGUGGCUCUCACCAGGAGACAUGGUGUAUGCGGACCCUCGGUACUGGCAGAUGGAGCUGUUCCCAGGCCGAGGCCAGAACAUCAUCUGCGACGGAUCGGCCUUUUAACCCUCCGGCCGAACGAAACGUAUAGUUCAGAG